AUUUAAAGAUCAGCUGGGGGGAUGGUGGAAGAUUUUUGGUCUCUUCAGCAGCGUUUUUUCUUAAGCAGCGGCAGCAGCAGCAGCAGCAAGAGGAGGAGAAGCAGCCCCAGCUAUGACUGCCGCAUGUUAAUAGCUGCCGCUUGGGUCCCCUGGCUGCUGCUGGAGAAAGAGCUUGACUCCGAAGUUGUGCAACUGUGGACUGGGAGAGACAUUUGGACCUUCCUUUCUCUUGGCUUCGCUUUUUUUUACCGCUUGGUGUGUGUGAAGCGAGGAAACGUAAACGAAGACAAGCAUUUGGUUCUUCUUCCCUUUUUUUUUUUCCUUCCCCUUUCUCCAUGGUUGUGUAGCAGAAGCAAGGGCUAAGGAGAGACUUUUUGUUGUUAUUUCUUUGACUGGGGUUUCCAUCCUCCUGCUGCCUUCUCCUGCGCUUUUAUCAAUCUUUGCCGCGUGUGGUGGGGGUGCCUUUGCUGGGGCCGGUGGGUCUUUUGCCACAGGCUCAAUGGCUGGAUUGUUGGAGCUGCACCCGGCUGCAGGUUGUUGAGCAACUGAUGGGACUGUCUCAGGGACCGGCUGUUACGAAAGAAAUGUUUAAUUUGGUAAAUUGGUGGAAAAAAACAUGGAUUUUUAGCAACUGAGGAGCGAAUUAAGUGCCUUUUAAGAGCCAUUUGUUAGAAAUAAAAGAAAAUCCCUUUUAUCUGAAAACAGUUUGGUUUGGUGAAGUUUAAUGACUGCACAUAAAUUGGAAAAAUCAUCGGAGAGUUUUCUUUUUUUUUCAAUUUUGAAGUACAGAAGAGAAACCAGAAAGACACUUAUUUCAUUUCACGUGUGAACACUUGCUCUUGAGGAACUUUCACUAGCAAGUACUCAGCCAUGUGGCCAUCACAGCUACUAGUCUUCACCAUGCUCUUGACACCAGUAGUUCAUGGUGGCAAGCACAAUGAGCGACAUCCAGCCCUUGCUGCUCCACCACGACAUGCUGAGCGCGGCCCAGGAGGCGCUCUACCACCCAGACAUCUCCUUCAGCAGCCAGCUGCAGAGCGCGCCACUGCUCAUCGUGGACAAGGGCCCCGUGGAGCUACCAGAGGAGUUCGUGGUCCAGGUGCCCAAGGAGCACAGAUUGCAGCCCAAGCUUUCAGCCGUGCCCCAAUUCCGAUGGCUGUGGUGCGCAGAGAGCUCUCCUGUGAGAGCUACCCCAUAGAGCUCCGCUGUCCGGGAACAGACGUCAUCAUGAUCGAGAGUGCCAACUAUGGAAGGACUGACGACAAAAUCUGUGACUCGGACCCUGCUCAGAUGGAGAAUAUACGAUGCUAUUUGCCAGAUGCCUAUAAGAUUAUGUCUCAAAGAUGCAAUAAUAGGACCCAGUGUGCAGUGGUGGCAGGUCCUGAUGUUUUUCCAGACCCGUGUCCUGGAACCUAUAAAUACCUUGAAGUGCAGUAUGAAUGUGUUCCUUACAAAGUGGAACAAAAAGUUUUUCUUUGUCCUGGACUACUAAAAGGAGUCUACCAGAGUGAACAUUUGUUUGAGUCUGACCACCAAUCCGGGGCAUGGUGCAAAGACCCUCUGCAGGCUUCUGACAAGAUUUAUUAUAUGCCCUGGACUCCCUACAGAACUGAUACCCUAACCGAAUACUCAUCCAAGGAUGACUUCAUUGCUGGAAGGCCAACUACAACCUACAAGCUCCCUCACAGGGUGGAUGGCACAGGAUUUGUAGUGUAUGAUGGAGCUUUGUUCUUCAACAAAGAGCGUACCAGGAACAUAGUGAAGUUUGAUCUGCGGACUAGGAUAAAGAGUGGGGAGGCUAUCAUAGCAAAUGCCAAUUACCAUGAUACCUCUCCUUACCGAUGGGGAGGCAAAUCUGACAUAGACCUAGCAGUGGAUGAGAACGGGCUAUGGGUAAUCUAUGCAACAGAACAAAACAAUGGUAAAAUCGUCAUUAGCCAACUGAACCCUUACACCCUGCGGAUUGAAGGGACAUGGGAUACCGCAUACGAUAAAAGGUCAGCUUCCAACGCAUUUAUGAUUUGUGGGAUUCUGUAUGUGGUCAAAUCUGUAUAUGAGGAUGAUGACAAUGAGGCCACAGGGAAUAAGAUUGACUACAUUUACAACACCGAGCAAAGUAAGGAUAGUUUGGUGGAUGUACCCUUCCCCAAUUCAUACCAGUACAUUGCAGCUGUGGAUUACAAUCCCAGGGACAACCUACUCUACGUAUGGAACAACUAUCACGUCGUGAAAUACUCUUUGGAUUUUGGACCUCUGGAUGGUAGAUCAGGGCAGGCACAUCACGGACAGGUAUCAUACAUCUCUCCACCAAUUCACCUUGACUCAGAGCUGGAAAGGACCCCUGUCAGAGAAAUUUCUACCACAGGACCACUUGGCAUGGGAAGCACUACUGCCAGUACCACACUUCGAACCACAACGUGGGGCCCAUUGAGGACUACCACUCCAUCAGUGCCAGGAAGAAGAAACAGGAGUACUAGCACCCCAUCUCCAGCUGUCGAGGUGCUUGAUGACAUUACCACACACCUUCCAUCAGCCUCAUCCCAAAUCCCAGCUCUAGAAGAGAGCUGUGAGGCUGUGGAAGCCCGGGAGAUCAUGUGGUUUAAGACCCGUCAAGGACAGAUGGCAAAACAGCCAUGCCCUGCAGGAACUAUAGGUGUAUCAACUUAUCUAUGCCUUGCUCCUGAUGGAAUUUGGGAUCCCCAAGGACCAGAUCUCAGCAACUGUUCUUCUCCUUGGGUUAAUCACAUAACACAAAAGUUGAAAUCUGGAGAGACAGCUGCUAACAUUGCUAGGGAGCUUGCUGAACAGACAAGAAAUCACUUGAAUGCUGGAGACAUCACCUACUCAGUCCGUGCCAUGGAUCAGCUGGUAGGCCUCCUAGAUGUACAACUCCGGAACUUGACCCCAGGUGGAAAAGAUAGUGCUGCGCGCAGCUUGAACAAGCUUCAGAAAAGAGAGCGCUCUUGCAGAGCAUAUGUCCAGGCAAUGGUCGAGACAGUUAACAAUCUCCUCCAGCCACAAGCUUUGAAUGCGUGGAGAGACCUGACUACAAGUGAUCAACUACGUGCAGCCACCAUGUUGCUUGACACUGUGGAGGAAAGUGCUUUUGUGCUGGCUGAUAACCUUCUGAAAACAGACAUUGUCAGGGAGAACACAGACAAUAUUAAAUUAGAAGUUGCAAGGCUGAGCACAGAAGGAAAUUUAGAAGACCUAAAAUUUCCAGAAAAUAUGGGUCAUGGAAGCACUAUCCAGCUUUCUGCAAAUACUUUGAAACAAAAUGGCCGAAAUGGAGAAAUCAGGGUGGCCUUUGUCUUAUAUAACAACUUGGGUCCUUAUUUGUCCACGGAGAAUGCCAGUAUGAAAUUGGGAACAGAAGCUAUGUCCACAAAUCAUUCUGUUAUCGUCAAUUCUCCUGUUAUUACAGCAGCAAUAAACAAAGAGUUCAGUAAUAAGGUUUAUUUGGCUGAUCCUGUGGUGUUUACUGUUAAACAUAUCAAGCAGUCAGAGGAGAACUUCAACCCUAACUGUUCAUUUUGGAGUUAUUCCAAGCGCACAAUGACAGGUUAUUGGUCAACACAAGGCUGUCGGCUCCUGGCAACAAAUAAGACACAUACUACAUGCUCUUGUAACCACCUAACCAAUUUUGCAGUACUGAUGGCACAUGUGGAAGUUAAGCACAGUGAUGCGGUCCAUGACCUCCUUCUGGAUGUGAUCACAUGGGUUGGAAUCUUGCUGUCCCUUGUUUGUCUCCUGAUUUGCAUCUUCACAUUUUGCUUUUUCCGCGGGCUCCAGAGUGACCGUAAUACCAUCCACAAGAACCUCUGUAUCAGCCUCUUUGUAGCAGAGCUGCUCUUCCUGAUUGGAAUCAACAGGACUGACCAACCAAUUGCCUGUGCUGUUUUUGCCGCCCUUUUGCAUUUCUUCUUCUUGGCUGCCUUCACCUGGAUGUUCCUGGAGGGAGUGCAGCUCUAUAUUAUGCUGGUGGAGGUUUUUGAAAGUGAACAUUCACGUAGAAAAUACUUUUAUCUGGUCGGCUACGGGAUGCCUGCACUCAUUGUGGCAGUGUCAGCUGCAGUGGACUACAGAAGCUAUGGAACAGAUAAAGUGUGUUGGCUCCGACUUGACACCUACUUCAUUUGGAGUUUUAUAGGACCAGCGACCUUGAUAAUUAUGCUUAAUGUAAUCUUCCUUGGGAUUGCUUUAUAUAAAAUGUUCCAUCAUACGGCCAUACUGAAACCUGAAUCGGGAUGUCUGGAUAAUAUCAACUAUGAGGAUAACAGACCCUUCAUCAAAUCAUGGGUCAUAGGUGCAAUAGCUCUUCUCUGCCUCCUAGGAUUGACCUGGGCCUUUGGACUUAUGUAUAUUAAUGAAAGCACAGUCAUCAUGGCAUACCUGUUCACCAUUUUCAAUUCUCUACAGGGAAUGUUUAUAUUCAUUUUCCAUUGUGUCCUACAGAAGAAGGUACGAAAAGAAUAUGGGAAAUGUCUGCGAACGCAUUGCUGUAGUGGCAAAAGUACAGAGAGUUCUAUUGGCUCAGGGAAAACAUCUGGUUCUCGAACUCCUGGACGCUACUCUACAGGCUCACAGAGCCGAAUUCGUAGAAUGUGGAAUGACACAGUCCGAAAGCAGUCAGAGUCUUCCUUUAUUACUGGAGAUAUAAACAGUUCAGCAUCACUCAACAGAGGAGCCAUGGCUAAUCAUCUUAUAAGCAAUGCUCUGCUUCGUCCGCAUGGUACUAACAAUCCCUAUAAUACAUUGCUUGGGGAACCGGCGGUUUGUAACAACCCUUCUGUCAGCAUGUACAACGCACAAGAGGGGCUUCUGAACAAUGCCAGGGAUACAAGUGUCAUGGAUACUCUACCACUGAAUGGUAACCAUGGCAAUAGUUACAGCAUUGCCAGCAGCGAAUACCUGAGCAACUGUGUGCAAAUCAUAGACCGCGGCUAUAACCAUAACGAGACCGCCCUAGAGAAGAAGAUUCUGAAGGAACUCACUUCCAACUAUAUCCCUUCUUACCUGAACAACCACGAGCGCUCCAGCGAACAGAACAGGAAUCUGAUGAACAAGCUGGUGAAUAACCUGGGCAGUGGGAGUGAAGAUGACGCCAUUGUCCUGGAUGACGCCACCUCCUUUAACCACGAGGAGAGUUUGGGCCUGGAACUCAUUCAUGAGGAAUCUGAUGCGCCUUUGCUGCCCCCAAGAGUUUACUCCACAGAGAACCACCAGCCACAUCAUUACACCAGAAGGCGGAUCCCCCAAGACCACAGUGAGAGCUUUUUCCCUUUGCUAACCAACGAGCACACAGAAGAUCUCCAGUCACCCCACAGGGACUCCCUGUACACCAGCAUGCCGGCCCUGGCUGGUGUGCCCGCCACCGAGAGCGUGACCACCAGCACCCAGACCGACCCCCCACCGGCCAAAAGUGCUGAUGCCGAAGAUGUUUACUACAAAAGCAUGCCAAAUUUAGGCUCCAGAAACCACGUCCAUCAGCUGCACACUUACUACCAGCUAGGUCGCGGCAGCAGUGAUGGGUUUAUAGUUCCUCCAAACAAAGAUGGGACCCCUCCAGAGGGAAGUUCAAAAGGACCUGCUCAUUUGGUCACUAGUCUAUAGAAUAUUACACAGAAAUUUAGACCAACAAAACCGCUAACACCUGGUUGACCGUUCUGAGUCGAUAUAAGCAGUGGUAAUAAUGUGUGUGCUCCUAAAUCUCUCUAUGCUGUUCUCAAAAGAAAACACGAACUCUCAGACUUUUUUUUUUUUUAACUGGGAUUUUUAGGCCAACCCAGGGGAGAAAGAUAACUGCUGAAAUUCCCCUGUGCCCUAUCCUUUCCCGUCCUUUCCCCCCUCUGAUGGAGACUUCAUUAUGUUAAUGAACGAGAUAUGAAGAAAAUGGCGUUCAUUGUGACCAUGUUGAAUUAUGUUGUGUUUGUUUUAACAUCUCUGAUGCUCUGUUACUAUCAUUACAAGGACCUGAUUUUUAAAAGGCCAGAACAGUUUGAAAUUAGUAACAAUGCUGCAUCUAGAUUGGAGUGCUGCACAAACAAACAUGAAAGCAAAGCAAAACUGUUAUCACACAGUGGUUUUGGUCACUCACAACCUGAUUUCAUCACAGCUGGAAUAGCUGUGAAAACAAAAUAAAACAGCAAAAUUAUUAAUGAAAUGGAGGGGAAUUCUAGAAUUUGUAUGCUCAAUGCAUAUUUUAUGAUUUGCUGUAUUAACUGAUAAAACUAAUGGCAGAAAAAAUUGAACAAUUUCUAUGUAAUGUACAGAUACUAGCAUUGCACAUAUAGUCUGCUUUCUGUUCCUCCAGAAUUUGAGUCCUGUUAAUGUAGUGGAAAAAAAAAUUUUUUUUUCUUCUGUGCUGGUCUUGCAAGUUUGUCUACCAGUAAGAGAGCAAAGUUUCCUCCCUUUCUUCUUUCUUUUCUUUCUUUCUUUUCUUUCUUCUGUUUUUUUUUUUUCUUUUGCCUUUUCUUUCUUUAAGAUUUCACUUGGCAAAAAAAUAAAUAAAUGAUAUCACUUUAUAAGAAUCAUUUUCUAGUAAUGCAAACAAAUUAUUUUUUACAAAAAAAAUAAAAUAAAUAAAAUUAGACUUCCUUCCCUCACUAUAUAUCUUUAUUCAGUCAGAACAUUUCCAACAGCAUUUUUGCAAAUUAGAGCAGGAUGAACUUUUAUGUUUACAGUGCACAUCUGUUGUAAUGCAAAGCAUAUUUGGCAAGCAGUUCAUCACCCAGACAGUAGCUAUGAUUCUAGAAGUCAAGAGGUGUCUAUAGAGAACUAGUGGGGCUUCUGCAUGUGAAAACAAAAAACAAAAAACAAAAAACAAAAAUGGUAUCCCAUAGGCGUUGAAGUGCUGAAUGCUCAGGCAGAUACCCAAAGGGGCAACUGCACUACCAAUUUUUAAAGGAAAUUCACUGCCUCAUAGUAAAAAUUUAAAGGUCAAAGUAUUUUGAAGUGAUUUUUUUAAAUAAGUCCUCUGUUUAUUAAGAAAAAUUAUUUAUUCAACAAGAUUUUAAGUAAUGUAGAAAUACAAGCGGUAAAUUAGCAGCACAUAUAAUUUUUUUUUUUAAUUUAUGAUCCAUUUUGUAUGGUCUCAAAGUUGGAUGACCUCAUUACUAAUAUUUGUUGUAAAAGUGAAACUUGUUUGCCAACCAAUAAACAGCUGAUUGAGAUUUAGAA